AUAUUUUUAAAAUUUAUUAUUAAUUUGUCACGAAAUAUGGAAAAUAAUUCUCAAGGGCCUUUAAUAGGGGUGGGAGAUGUUAUAUUGUUAUCAGCCUUCUUUAUUCUCGGAUAUUAUUAUAUCUUCUAUCGUAAAAAAAAUUCACAACAGAUUUCUACCACUUCAUUUUCAUUAAUCACGUCGAAUGCUGUUUCUACAGGUACCGAAAGUGUCAUCACCAAACUCAAAUCUGGGGGCAAGAAUUUUUUCGUGUUUUACGGUUCUCAAACGGGAACAGCUGAGAGUUUUGCUAAUCGACUAGUACAAGAUGCGCGUAAAUACGGACUCAAAAGCAUAGCAGUUGACCCUGAGGAAUGUGACAUAGACGAAAUACCCGAACUUAUUUCGAUUGAAAAUAACAUAGUAUUGUUCAUAAUGGCCACAUACGGUGAAGGGGACCCAACGGAUAAUGCUAGAGAUUUAUACGAAUUGUUAGAAAACUCUCCACCCGUUUUAAACGGACUUAAUUACUCGGUUUUUGGUUUAGGUAACAAAACGUACGAACAUUACAAUGCUAUGGGUAAAUUUUACGAUAAGAAACUCGAAGAAUGCGGUGCUAAGCGCAUAAGUGAACUGGGAUUAGGAGAUGACGAUUCCUGUAUUGAAGAAGAUUUUAUGGGUUGGAAGGAAAAAUUUUGGGAAGCCGCUGAAAAGUUAUAUGAUCUAACACUUAAAGCUGGUGAUGGAAACAAUCGUCAAUAUAAACUGGUCACCUAUAAAUCUGAUGAAUUACUACCAGAAAAAAUAUUUACAGGAGAAUACGCAAGAUUGGGAUCAUAUAAAAAUCAAAAAAUACCUUAUGAUUCCAAAAAUCCCUUUUUAGCUUCGAUCCAAGUUAACAAGAACAUUUUUAAAAGCCAGGAAAGAAAGUGCAUGCACAUUGAAUUAGAUAUAACUGGAUCACGUCUCAAAUAUGAACCAGGUGACCACAUAGCUAUAUACCCCCAAAAUGAUAAAGACUUAGUGGAUAGUAUAGGUCAUGCACUGAAUAUUGAUUUGGAUCAAAUUAUUUCGCUUGUCAACUUAGAUGAUGAGUCAAACAAGAAAAAUCCAUUUCCCUGCCCUUGUAGUUAUAAAACCGCGUUGACUUAUUACCUAGACAUUACUUCCCCAUUGAGAACAAACGUUCUUAAAGAUCUCGCUAAAUACACGAUGGAUGAAAAGGAAAAAGAUGAACUGCUUUUAAUGUCACAGUACAUUCCGGAAGGUAAGCUCAUGUAUGCAGAAAAGGUUAUAAAAGAACAUUUAGAUAUCUUAUCUUUGCUACAAAAUUAUCCUUCCUUAAAGGCCCCGUUGGAUCAUAUAUGCGAAUUGUUACCCAGAUUGCAACAACGUUAUUAUUCGAUUUCAUCAUCUCCGAAAAUAUAUCCGGACUCGAUUCAUAUAACUGCCGUUGUCUUAGAAUGGAAGACUCCUUCGGGUAAAAUUGUAAAAGGGGUCGCCACUAAUUGGCUAUCUCAAAUAAUCGCUUCUUCAAGUAAUUCAAAACAAAUUACACGCGAAAAUGACCUGCCAAAUUCAAUGAAUAAAGAAAACUAUGGUGAUCACAAAAAUAUAUCGACAAAAAUUCCUAUUUAUGUGAGGAGAUCACAAUUUAAAUUGCCUCUGAAAAAAAAUUUACCAAUAAUUAUGAUAGGACCAGGUACAGGAUUGGCUCCGUUUAGGGGAUUUUUGCAGCAUAAAAAGUUUUUCAAGGACGAAGGUAAACCGAUGGGCCAAAAUAUACUCUUUUUUGGAUGUCGCAAUAAAAAAAAUGAUUACAUCUAUGAAGAAGAGCUAGGAACCUAUAAGGAAGACGGAGUCCUAUCUGAACUUUUUGUCGCAUUUUCUCGAGAUCAACCGCAAAAAAUAUAUGUUACCGACUUGAUGAAGCAAAAUAGAUCCCUUAUUUGGGAUAUAUUGGACAAGAAAUUAGGUCAUAUUUAUAUAUGUGGUGACGCAAAGAAUAUGGCUAAAGAUGUUAACAAUAUAUUACUUAAUAUUUGCGAAAAUGAGGGUAAAAUGACGGAAAAGGAAGCUGAAGUCUACAUAAAAAAUCUGCACACUAAAUCUAGAUAUCAAAGUGAUGUUUGGAGUUAAAUAUUUACCCGAAUCUUAUAAAUAGAAUCUAGUCCCCGAGAGUUAUAAAAACAAGGUUUAUAUGCAAUUAAUUUUAUAGAAAUCAUUUUUUUAACGAUAAAAAUUUUAAUAUUUGGAAUUCUUUUUGAUAAAAUAUUUUUUAAUCAUGUAGUAAUGAAUAGUCAAUUUUAUUUUGAUUUUAUAAUUUUAACAUUAUAGCGCAAAAAAUAUAACGUUGAUUUU